CACAAACACCUGGCAUGUUCAAUGAACCAUCCACUCCUACCGAUCACCAACCAACCGACCCACCGGCGGUGGACUGAUGCCGGUACGGCUAACCUGAAUGCAUCUGGCACACGACAGUUUGUUUUUGUCUUUCUUUCUCUCUCUGCGAUCAUCUGUCUCCUCCACACUCUGUCUCCUUCAUACUCUCGCUGGUCCCCGACAAACAGACCUUGUCAUUCACUGGUUGGCUCUCGCGUGCGCGUGUGUGAGUGUGUGUGUGUGUGUGCCGAGUAGGACCAGUGUCGUGUGUAGCCAUGCAGGUCACAUGUCAUCUCCAUGCCUGGACAGUUCUGCACGCCAGGUUGUGCCAUUGUUUUCCUGCUCCCUCCACCAGCUGAUGUUCUGUUCGUUACACUGUACGGCAGGCAGGCAGGCUGGCUGGCUUUGUUAAUCCACUGAUUGGUUUUUCGAAAAAUAAAAUAAAAAAUUAACAGAGUCGUUGGGAGAAAGGUUGGUUUGGAGAGGCUGCGGAGGUGACCUGACAAAAUCUUGUUUGUUUAUUGGUGUUUGGCUGUCACACGGACUCAGUCAUAUUUGGUGAUAGAGAUUCUCUCUGCAUUGAUGGAUUAGGAAGUGUUUAUAAUUCGGUGAUCUGCACAAGAAUGCUGGACUGAUUUACAAAUAACUAACGCAGGCGGGCAGGCAGUGGAGCAGAGGGAAGGGAAGGGAAGAGAAGAUGAUGGGUGUGGUGUUGUUGUUCCGUUACAGUCACCGGUCACACUCGGCUGGCAGGAAAUAUGGUUAAGUGAAAUUAAGUCACAGGAAGCAAGAUAUUUCAUUGGUGAUGUUCCCGGGGAGCCAGAGUUGUCACAGGGCCAAUGUGAGGACAACACAGUGUGUGUAGCGACACCGGUGAAUCAAAGAUUACCGUGACAGCAUAAUGCCCGACUCCCCUGACUCGAAGGCACUAACACAAACAGCCACAUCGCCGGGUACCCACAACAUGGCCGCCAUGGCUGCUUCUAGACCCAUCUCAACAGGAAGUGCUGUAUCAGGUAUCAACGGCCAACACUCUCCGCUGAGCAGUAUCAAUGGGAGGACCCCGUCGCCACCGUUGAAGAUUAACACGGCUAUUGGGCAGCAGCUACCACCUGCGUGUGGUGCACGACAGCUCAGCAAGUUGAAGCGCUUUCUCACAACGCUGCAACAGUUCGGGUCCGACAUAUCGCCCGAAAUAGGGGACCGUGUUCGCACCCUUGUGCUGGGCCUAGUGAAUUCACAUCUGUCAAUUGAAGAAUUUCAUGCCAAAUUGCAGGAAGCUACAAACUUUCCACUGAGACCCUUUGUGAUUCCAUUUCUCAAGGCCAAUUUGCCACUGCUGCAGCGUGAACUGUUGCACUGUGCACGGAUGGCAAAGCAGACCCCGCAGCAGUUCCUAGCGCACAAUGAGCAUGUGAUCUUCGAUCCCGCCAACUCGCCACUCGAAUCUCAAGACUCCAUUACCUCAGAUCUCAAUGAAAAUGGCAAACGCAGAUCUCCAGAUAGACCUAAAGAAAAUGGCAUCGACUCCCACAUGGAUUCCAUGCAUCCUGCAAAGCGACACCAUCAAAUGAGUCCUUUGGGCAAUACAAGAGUGAGUCCAAAUGGCACUUUGAACAUUAAUGCCGGUGGUCCCAUCAGACUGGAGGACAUCAGUCUAUCGCGAGAGAUCCGAGAACGGGAAAGACUGGAACGAGAGAGGAUAGAGCGGGAACGAUUAGAGCGAGAACGGGAUAGAGACAGGCACUUCUCGGGAUAUGGUUAUUCAAGAUCCGAUUCUUUUGAUCCCCUCGAAAGAUUGGAUGAUGACUGGAGACAUGUAGAAACGAUGUUGAACUGUAUAAUUGGAAUGGUAGACAAGACGAAGCGAGCACUGUCGGUGUUACAGGAGCGAAGUCUGCGCGACCGCGACGAGCUAUCUGUGUGGAUGCGGCGUCAUGCUGAGGGUUUGGACCAAGACGUCAAGAAGCGGACGAGCGACGUCAUGGCAUACACGAUGCGACAGACGGAAGACCGCGUCAAUGAAGUGCGGCGACGAGCAGAAGAGGCUGUGAACGAGGUGAAGCGCCAGGCGAUGUUGGAACUGCAAAAAGCCGUCAGCGCUGCGGAGCAGAAAGCCAACGAAGUGAUCAGCGCAGAGCGAAUGAAGAUGGACAAGACAAUCACUGAGGUGAAGAAACAGUCGAAGGACGAAACUCUGGCCGUGAUCAACCACCAGGAAGAAUCCAGUGAGAGUUGCUGGAACUGUGGUAGAAAAGCCAGUGAGACGUGCAGUGGCUGUAACAUCGCCCGGUACUGUGGCUCAUUCUGCCAGCACAAGGACUGGGAGAGUCACCACCACGUCUGUGGCAAGGGUCAGGUGGCCAGCAUCGCUGAGGCUCGUGACCAGAGAAAAACUGUGAACACGUCGCGAGACCUCCCGUCCAAGUCCGACAGAGACCGGGAUCCAGUCCCGCCUCCACAGAGUCCACAGCAGACUGAGACCAGCGUGGAAAGUCCUGCCCCAUCAUCCAGUGCUGUGGCAGCAUCGGCAACAACUGUGAAGGCACAGCCCGUGUCUCGGUCAAACUCUCCUGAGAAGAUAACUUCUGAUGCUGCUCGUUAAAGAUUUUUUGGGAGAAAAAAAAAUAUUAUCCAGAAAAUAUUCUGGCAAAAUAGGAAUCUUCUGAACAUUUUGUGUUGAGGUCUCACAGAAACAAAUAUUUUGUUGGAAGUUUCUGGUGAAGAGAUUGUUUUUUGAGAAGUUCUGUUGUUGAGACAGGGGAUGAAGAUUACUGAAGGUUCUGAAUUCUGAAUAUUCCAUUUUGUUUGUGACUGAAAUCUAGUCUCUGUAUGUUGUUACGUGGUCAGUGAUUGGCUCUUGAAGAAGGCGGUGGGAGGCUCGGUUAUCAAGACUAUUUUCCUUGAUUUAAGGAUUGACUGAAUAAGUCAAUCGAGGCAGGGUUAGCAAGAUUAGUUUCCCUUGAUUCAAAGGUUGACUGAAAAAGACAAUUUAGGUUAACAAGACUGUUUUCCUUUGAUUAAUGGAUUAAAUGAAACAAGACAAUAUUAUUUCUCUUGAUUCAAGAAUUGAUUGAAAAGGACAAUCAAGGCUGGGUUAAAAAGAUUAUUUCACUUUUGUUUUAAGGAUUGACUGAAAAAGGCAAUCGAGGUUCAGUUAAUAAGAUUAUCUCCUUUGAUGCAAAGAUUCUGAUAAAUCUAGUCUCUUUGUCUGACUGAAGAAGACAAUCAAGGCUCAUCUAAGCAGAAUUAAUUCUGAUUGUGACUUAAUGGUACAGUUCUCUCAAAAUACUCUGUGGUAUCUCUGCUUGCAAAUUCUUGGUUAGAAUAUUAAGUUUUGUAUAUGCAAUGUUUUCUUGGUUGCAUGUAACAAUUCAAAACCCUUCAAAGGAUAUAGCCAUUUAAUUGUUUCCAUAUAAAACUAAAACAUUUUGGGUUGUUGACUUUUGGACAAAUUUGUGAAUGAUUGGAGACUCGGAUAUAAAUUUCAGAGAGAAAAAGAAGCUAUUUCAAGCAAAAAAAUAUAUAGUUUAAGCAAAAGUGCCAUACAGUGUUUGUAAAAGGAACAUGUACCUUUAAAUCUACUAGUAGUCUCUAUUUGUUGAUACUGUAAUAGAUAGAAUCUAGAGGAGAUAAUUAAGACUCGGUUAACAACAAGAUUAUCUCCCUUGAUUCAAGAGUAUGACUAUUUCCCUUGAUUCAAGGGUCUGUGUUGUUAUUUGCCUUGAUUCAAGAGUCUUUAUGAUUUUUUGCCUUUAUUCAAGAGUCUGUAUGAUUAUUUCCCUUGAUUCAAGAGUCUGUGUUGUUAUUUCCCCUGAUUGAAGGGUGUGUUUGGUUUCCUGCCUCAAGCCACGGACUGGUGUCAUCACCACAGGAUAAAACAACUGUCUCUGUAUUUGUAUAUUUUGUAUUGAGCUGUCUAAGCCUUCAGGGUACAAGCAAUGAUCUCAUUAACAUAGUAAUCUCAAAGAAGGAGACUAAUGGUAUAACAGCUCAGUAUUCGAUUGACAAAUGUCAAACGUGAAAACCAUUUUGUGAAUCCAGUUUUUAAUAUUUGAUUGUAAUAUACUCAAAGAGGGGUUCAGUUUUGUAAUGUAAUGAAUGUGUUGAGUUUAGCUGAUAAUAAAAUAAAUCCUAGAUUUGUAUCCCUACCCCCCCCCACCCCCUGACAAAGGCCACUCCCCCAUUUUUGUUUUUUGUUUUUUAAUAGUUCCUCUCCCAAUCUCAACAGCUGGGUGUGUGGUAUUUCCAGUGACCUAAAAUUAUAAAAUAAAAUAAUAAUAUUUCACUACAUGUCUUAAUUUUGAAAAACAAAAAAUUGGAUGAAAAUCUAGCAUUAUUUUAUUACAGUGGCGUAGGGAAGUGCCAAAAAAUGGGAGGGGCCCACACAUAUAAAUAGAUAUAUAUAUAAACCAUCGCAGCUUCAAUUGGAUGAAGAAAAGUAGGGGGCACAUUCCCCCUCCCCCCCCCCCCCCACACCUGCUUCCUAGGCCAGUGUAUUAUGGACUUAUGGGCAAUUUGUUAUUUCAAAGUACUCUUUAAAAAGAUUGCUGAAAAGGGGUUCUUUCAUCCUGCAGUGUACCCCCUUGUACAAUGUAUAUUACUAAGUAGCUGGUACAGAUUCAUAGCACCAUUUGUAGGCUCUGAAAAAACAAACAUUAAGUAAGAAUUUUUCAAUUUUAUUAAUAUUUUCAUUAAAUUUAAAAACAAUUUCUAGUUUAAUUACGUUUUGGAGGUGUUUAUUUCAUUGGAAUUUGGGCUGUUUUAUACUUGAUUAAACAUUUUUAAAUAUGAGAUUAUCGCACAGAGGUCAUGAUUUUCCUCAAGAUUAUUUUGCCUGCAUGCAAAGGUUAUUUCCCCUGAAUCUUAACAGUUAUUUCCCUUGAAUAUAUAAACGUUACUUCCCAUGAACGUCAAGGUUACUGGCCUAUCUCACUUCAUGUAAAGUCGUAUGAACUCUGUAAUGAAUGUACAUUGAAUAGUAAUAUAUUUAUAUUAUCUGUAUAUUUGGCGUGGACAUAUAACUUGUUGAAUGAAAGAGUGAAUGAGAUUCUCUUGUUUUGUGCACGGCCUGUUUUCCAUUAACGCCAUUUCGUGAAUUUAUCCAUACACUGCAUUUAUAUAGUACCUUUUCCAUAUAUGCGAUUCCACGUGGGCAUUCAGCACACUGAAUAAAAAGGUGAUCCAUGAGCUAUUUUUCCGCUCAAUUUUAUCAGCCUUCUGACAUCUAAUGCGUAGAAUUUAUUUUUGGCUUCAAAACACUCUUCAACGAUGUCAAAUUUUGUGUAGAAAUCAGCUUGCGAAAAUUAAGCUAUGGAAAAGGACAUUUCUGCGCAGGGAAAUGUGCAUGAUAAAUGCGUUCAAGGAUAGCAGGCCUAAUACAUUGAUGUGUAGCAUCACUGUCAAUGAAUCAUCUCAUAUUGUUGUUUUCAUAAUAUCAUGCCUGCAUCAUGUGGAAUAAUGCCCAUUUGUUAUUAGAUACUUUGUUAACAACUGUUUUUUGUUAUUGUUAAGUUUGUAGUCUUUUUUUUCCUCUCUCUCUGUUUUUCUUUUAUAACUUUUGUUAAGUCUACACUUGGGUUUUUUAAAAGAUAUUUUGCAGCAUGUGUUUAUUGUGUCUGAUGCCAACAUUACUGUCACAUCUGAUAUGUGUUUUCAGCUGUAGCGUGAAGUAGAAGUAUGGACAUUUUAAUAAAAGAUAAGGCAAAAUAAAAAAAGUUUGCUUGUUGAAAAAAAUAAAAGGUGGGUAUACUGAGUAACUAGAAAAAACAUUUUAUUUUGGAAACUUAUGUUAUUUGGAAAAUUGAUCACAAUGGCACUAAAGUGAUUUUAUGGAGGUAUAAUUUUCUUAGUAAACAUUUGAAAAACAGAUUACGAUCAGCAGGUUAAUAUUAGAGUUGAUUGGAUAACUAGAAACAAGCAAUAUUUUAUGUUACGCCUUGGGAAUAAAAAUGUUAGACCUUUAUAAGCCUAAUUAAUAGAAGCAAAUUUACACAGAAAAUGUCUUAUUUGUAACACUGGCCAGUCAAUGGCAGAUACAGGGUGGGUGAGGUGCACUCCCUUUUUUGAUGGACAUUGUAUACCUGAUUUUGAAAUGUUUGGCCAUAAUUUUCUCAGCAUUAUGGGCUCUGUUGGUAGUAGAAACCAAAUAACUUCCGGCUGGGUCAAAGUUCGAGGUGCACUGAACUUUUGAUAGAGAAGUGAACACCACAAGUCCUGUGAUUGGUUAUAAAUGUGUGUUGGUUGUAAAAAAUAAUAGUUUCAU